GGGGGACUCUGGUGUGCUGGCGGUCCUACCCAUCCUCUCCACCUCGAAAGGCCGCCAUCCAGCCCAAGGGCACCCCCAUUCCCCAGCUUCCCACGGGCCAAGCUGGGCGCAGUGAGCCAUCUCUGCGGAGGCGACUAAGGCGCGGGCAGGUAUUUCUCGGGUUUCACACAAACAUACAUUUAUUGAGGAAGGAGCUUGGAGACCCUUAGCCCACUCUCACCAAGCCUUUAUUUGGGAGUUAACAACAACUUGGAUUAUUGAGUUUUGCUACUAGUGCCUCAGGAGCUUGAUCUCUUCAAUCUUCUCAACAACCCCAUGAGGAUGAUAUUAUUAUAGUCUCCAUUGGACAGACCAGGAACUGGAAGCACAGUCUGCUGGGAACUGGCCCCGGGUGAGGGCAGCGGGCCGGCUUCUCCUGGUGAUUGUUGCGGGGCAGCGGCAGCACGAGCAAGGACUAGGUACAAGCAGGAGCUGGGAGCCGCAGCCCCGCCACAGGCCCCGCCAUGGCGCCCUUCCUGCGCAUUGCUUUCAACUCCUACGAGCUGGGCUCUCUACAGGCCAUGGAUGAGGCAAACCAGCCCUUCUGUGCCGUGAAGAUGAAGGAGGCUCUCAGCACAGAGCGUGGAAAGACGCUGGUGCAGAAGAAGCCGACCAUGUACCCUGAAUGGAAGUCAUCAUUUGACGCCCACAUCUAUGAGGGCCGUGUCAUCCAGAUCGUGCUGAUGCGGGCAGCCGAAGACCCCAUGUCCGAGGUGACCGUGGGUGUGUCGGUGCUGGCCGAGCGCUGCAAGAAGAACAACGGCAAGGCCGAGUUCUGGCUGGACCUUCAACCCCAGGCCAAGGUGUUGAUGUCAGUGCAGUAUUUCCUGGAAGACGUGGAUUGCAAGCUGUCUAUUCGGGGUGAGGACGAGGCCAAGUUCCCUACAAUGAACCGCCGUGGAGCCAUCAAACAGGCCAAAAUCCACUACAUCAAGAAUCAUGAGUUCAUUGCCACCUUCUUUGGGCAGCCCACCUUCUGUUCUGUGUGCAAGGAAUUUGUCUGGGGUCUCAACAAGCAAGGCUACAAAUGCAGGCAAUGCAACGCUGCUAUCCACAAGAAAUGUAUCGACAAGAUCAUCGGCCGGUGCACCGGCACCGCGGCCAACAGCCGGGACACCAUGUUCCAGAAAGAACGCUUCAACAUCGACAUGCCGCACCGGUUCAAGGUGUACAACUACAUGAGCCCCACCUUCUGUGACCACUGUGGCAGCCUGCUCUGGGGGCUGGUGAAGCAGGGAUUAAAGUGUGCAGACUGUGGCAUGAAUGUACACCACAAGUGCCAGAAGAAAGUGGCCAACCUCUGUGGCAUCAACCAGAAGCUCUUGGCUGAGGCGCUGAACCAAGUCAGCCAGAGAUCCUCCCGCAGGUCAGAUUCAGGGUCUUCAGAGCCUGUUGGGAUCUACCAGAGUUUUGAGAAGAAACCAGGGGUCUCUGGGGAUGAUGGCCCAGACAACGGGACCUACGGCAAGAUCUGGGAGGGCAGCACCAGGUGUACCAUCGAGAACUUCACCUUCCACAAGGUCCUGGGCAAAGGCAGCUUUGGGAAGGUGCUGCUUGCAGAGCUGAAGGGCAAAAGGGAGUUCUUCGCUAUCAAGGCCCUUAAGAAGGACGUGGUUCUGAUCGAUGACGACGUGGAAUGCACCAUGGUGGAGAAGCGGGUGCUGGCACUCGCCUGGGAGAAUCCCUUUCUCACCCAUCUGUUUUGCACUUUCCAGACCAAGGACCACCUGUUCUUCGUGAUGGAAUUCCUCAACGGGGGGGACCUGAUGUACCACAUCCAGGACAAAGGCCGCUUCGAACUCUACCGCGCCACGUUUUAUGCAGCCGAGAUCCUCUGUGGGCUACAGUUUCUACACAGCAGAGGAAUCAUCUACAGGGACCUCAAACUGGACAACGUGAUGCUGGACCAGGAUGGCCACAUCAAGAUCGCCGACUUUGGGAUGUGCAAGGAGAACGUAUUUGGGGAGAACCGGGCCAGCACCUUCUGCGGCACCCCUGACUACAUUGCCCCCGAGAUCCUGCAGGGCCUAAAGUACUCCUUCUCUGUGGACUGGUGGUCCUUUGGGGUCCUUCUCUACGAGAUGCUCAUCGGCCAGUCUCCCUUCCAUGGUGACGAUGAGGACGAACUCUUCGAGUCCAUCCGUGUGGACACGCCACAUUACCCCCGCUGGAUUACCAAGGAGUCCAAGGACAUUCUGGAGAAGCUGUUUGAACGGGACCCAUCGAGGAGGCUGGGAGUGACCGGGAACAUCAAAAUCCACCCCUUCUUCAAGACCAUCAACUGGACUCUGCUGGAGAAGCGGCAGAUGGAGCCACCCUUCAAGCCCAAAGUGAAGUCACCUGGAGACUACAGCAACUUUGACCAGGAGUUCCUGAAUGAGAAGGCACGGCUCUCCUACAGUGACAAGAACCUCAUCGACUCCAUGGACCAGACGGCAUUUGCCGGCUUCUCCUUUGUGAACCCCAAAUUCGAGCACCUCUUGGAAAAGUGAGGUCCUUAGACAUAGCCCCAGCCCACCUUAGCCAGGGAGCCCAGGCCAUCCAGUGCUGCGCUGACCCGGCAGAACAGGCUGUGCCCCCACCCCCACAAUAACCAACAGUGUGAUUGUCGUGACUUCUGCUGCUGGCCCUCCCUCCCGCCCCCCAGAGGGGCGUUGGACCCUGCCUGGCUGGGCUCUUGUGGUACUCCCUCUGUGAACUGUGUGUGAAUUUGCCUUCCCUCUGCCGUCAGAGGGAAAUUGUAAAUUCUGUGUUGCAUUACUUGAAUGUAGUUAUCUAUUGAAGAUAUAUAUAUAUAUAUAUAUCUAAUAGGCUGUAUAUAUUGCUCAGUAGAGAAAAAACAUGGGAUGGGGGACUGGUGAUGUGUUGAUCUUUUUUAAAAAAAUGUAUAUGACCAAAAAAAAAAAAAGGACCACAGGCUAUUUGA